ACACUAUUCACAGCUAGAACACCGAACCAAACGCUGUUGGACCUACAAAGUGCGCUUCAUAACUGCUCAAGCACUGGGAAUUGGCAGAAAUUACUUAAAUAGUAAACGCUCAUCACUGCUGGACAUUUAUUUUUCCGAGUCAGGCACUGAUUGGACACCAAACUAGCGGUGUAGUCGCGCCUCAAGCAGGUUAUGAAUGCAGUGACAGAUGGGAAGCAAAAGGUUCUAGCCGGGCAGUGCAACAGCAAUCUUAACCACCAUUGAAACAGCGCAAGAUUAUGUAUAUCCAGCUGUUAUUGCAGCACAUGGCAACGAAAACAAAUGUCGGUCUUCGUCGGUAGAUCAUUUGAAAGGUUAGCAUCAAUACGUAGAUAAGUAUAGCUCGCAAAAUGUGUUGUCAGUAAUGAGGUAUAGAGAAAGAUGCUAGCCUGCUAGCUAGCAAAAACACGUCGUUUCCUCUCUUUAGCUGGCUAGCUAGUAAAACGGUCCACACACCUAAGAAAAUAUUUUCAUUAGUAGCCUAAAUUAUCACAUUUCGAAUAUAAUUGCUACUGGGUUAUUCAUAGUUAUUUUAGUCAGUGGGACUACGUUCCGAACAGUUGUAGCAAAUUACGAUUUCAACGUCGUCGUGUUCCGUCAUUGACAGUAACUCUUAACAACACAAGACCAUGGAGACACUGGGUAGGAUAGCACAGACGCCGGGUGCUUUGGACUUCACCGUGGAGAACGUGGAAAAGGCCUUGCACCAGCUCUACUAUGACCCCAACAUCGAGAACAAGAACCUGGCGCAGAAGUGGCUCAUGCAGGCCCAGGUGUCGCCCCAGGCCUGGCAGUUCUGCUGGGCCCUGCUCAGCCCAGACAAGGUGCCAGAGAUCCAGUACUUUGGCGCGUCUGCCCUGCACACCAAGAUCUCGCGCUAUUGGGCGGACAUCCCGGCCGAGCAGUAUGACUCACUCAAGACGCAGCUGUUUGCCCACAUCGCCCGCUUCGCCACGGGCGCCAAGAUCGUGCUGACGCGCCUGUGCGUGGCGCUGGCCUCGCUGGCGCUCAACAUGAUGCCCGAGAUCUGGCCUGGCGCCGUCUCGGAGAUGAUGCGCGCCUUCCAGGAGGAGGGGGGCGCCGGCCUGGACGGCCGCGCCCGCUGCCUGGCGCUGCUGGAGCUGCUCACCGUGCUGCCCGAGGAGUUCCAGACCAGCCGGCUGCCGCAGUACCGCAAGGGCCAGGUGCGCAGUGCGCUGGGGAGGGAGUGGGCGGCCGUGCAGCCCCUGCUGCAGCAGCUCCUGCGUCAGUCCGACUCGCCGGGCCUGGUGCGGGCGCGCGUGCUCAAGUGCCUGUCCAGCUGGGUGCUGCUGGACGUGCCGCUGUGCGAGAGCGAGGCCCUGGUGGAGGACUCCUUCGCCGCGCUGGCCGACCCCGAGCUGUUCGACGCCGCCGUGGAGGCCAUCGUCAAUGCCGUCUCGCAGCCCGACUCCCAGAGGUAUGUGAAUACGUUGCUGAAGCUGGUGCCACAGGUCUUGCAGCUGCAGGAGCAGUUAAGGGAAGCAGUGCAAAAUGGAGACAUGGAAACGUCACAUGGGAUCUGCCGCAUCGCUGUUGCCCUUGGUGAAAACCACUCCAGGGCUCUGUUGGAGCAGGUGGAGCAUUGGCAGGGGUUCCUGGCACUGGUGAACAUGAUCAUGUUCUGCACUGGCAUCCCUGGGCACUACCCGGUCAACGAGACCACCAGCUCCCUCACCCUCACCUUCUGGUACACACUACAGGAUGAUAUCAUGUCGUUCGAGGCAGAGAAGCAGGCGGUGUAUCUGCAGGUGUACAGGCCUGUGUACUUCCAGCUGGUGGACGUGUUGCUGCACAAGGCCCAGUUCCCCACGGACGAGGAGUACGCCUCCUGGUCCUCAGAUGAGAAGGAGCAGUUCAGGAUCUACAGGGUGGAUAUCUCUGACACCCUGAUGUACGUGUACGAGAUGCUGGGAGCCGAGUUGCUCAGUAACCUUUAUGAUAAGCUGGGCAGGCUGCUGACUAAUCCAGAACAGCCAACAUCCUGGCAGCACACCGAGGCUCUACUGUAUGGGUUCCAGUCUAUUGCAGAGACGAUAGACGUGAAUUACUCUGACGUCAUUCCAGGCCUGAUUGGCCUCAUCCCCCGGAUCAGCAUCAACAACGUCCAGCUGGCGGACACAGUCAUGUUCACUAUCGGUGCCCUGGCGGAGUGGCUGGCUGAUCACCCUGUGAUGCUGAGCAGUGUGCUCCCCCUGGUGCUGCAGGCCCUGGGCAACCCUGACCUGUCCGUGUCCAGCGUGUCCACGCUCAAGAAGAUCUGCCGCGAGUGCAAAUACGACCUGCCCCCCUACGCCACCAACAUCGUGGCAGUCUCACAGGAAGUGCUUAUUAAACAGAUCCACAAGACGAGUCAGUGUAUGUGGCUGAUGCAGGCUCUUGGCUUCCUGCUGUCUGCGCUCCCGGUGGGGGAGAUCCUGAGCAACCUGCACUCCCUCAUCACGCCCUACAUCCAGCAGCUGGAAAAACUGGCCGACGAGACGCCGAACCCCUCCAACAAGCUGGCCAUCAUCCAUAUCCUGGGCCUGCUCUCCAACCUCUUCACCACGCUGGACAUCACCAAGCAGGACGACGAGUCAGGAGACAGACAGCCGCCCGUCAAAACGACACCGCCGCCGCCAGGCCCCAACCCCGUGGUGGUGGUGCUCCAGCAGGUGUUUGCUCUGAUUCAGACCGUCCUCAGCCAGUGGCUCAACGACUCCCAGGUGGUAGAGGCUGUGUGUGCCAUCUUUGAGAAGUCUGUGAAGACUCUCCUGCAUGACUUUGCUCCCAUGGUGUCUCAGCUGAGUGAGAUGCUGGGACAGAUGUACAGCACCAUUCCCCAAGCAUCAGCACUCGACUUGACCCGACAGAUGGUGCACAUAUUUGCCAGCGAGACAGCCCACUUCCCCCCAAUCAAAGCGCUGUUCGAGCUGGUCACCUCAGUCACCCUGUCCAUCUUCCAGCAAGGGCCCAGGGAUCAUCCUGAUAUUGUUGAUUCAUUUAUGCAACUCCAAGCUCAGGCUCUCAAACGGAAACCCGAUUUGUACUUGUCUGAGAAUCUUGACGUGAAAGCGGUCUUCCACUGUGGAGUGCUCUCACUUAAAUUCCCAGAGGCUCCAACAGUCAAGUCGACUUGUCUCUUCUUUACGGAGCUGCUGCCUCACUGUGCAGACAUCCCUCCUGUGGGUCAGGUGGUCCAGCAGGAUGGGAAACUCCUCCUACAGGCCGUGCUGGAGGCCAUUGGUGGACAGUCCUCGCGGAGUCUGAUGGACCAGUUUGCGGAGGUGCUGUUCUCUCUCAACAAGAACUGCUUCGGCCUGCUCACCGUGUGGCUGAAGGAGGCGCUGCAGUCGCCCGGCUUCCCCUCCUCACGAGUCUCCCCCGAGCAGAAGGACACCUUCAGCCAGCAGGUCCUUAGGGAGCGUGUAAACAAGAGAAGAGUGAAGGACGUUGUGAAGGAGUUUACCCUUGUGUGUCGAGGCCUCCACGGCACAGAGUACGCUGCCGACUACUGACUGACCAUCGACCAGCUCCAGCUCCAGCUCC